AUGGCACCCAACGACCCGUACACCGCAAAGGCUCAGGACGACGCUUCCCCCCAGGAAAAAAUCGCCGAGUUGAAGAACAUCAUCAAGGAGACCAAGUUUGGGAUGCUCGUUACCCGCUCGGCGGACGGACAGUUGCACUCGCGCGCGAUGGCGCCCGCGUCGCACAAGGGCCUCGUCUUCCAGUUCAUCGCCAACACCGACAGCGGCAAGUUCGACGAGCUCGACAACGACGGCAACGUCAACGUCUCCUUCGCCGACCCCUCCAGCACCGACUGGGCCUCGGUCGCAGGCAAGGCUUCCAUCGUCAAGGACGAAUCGACCGUCAAGGACUUGUGGAACCCGACUAUCAAGUCGUGGUUCGGAGACUUGAAGGACGGCGUCAGGACUGGCGAGCCCGGAGACCCUCGUAUCGCCGUCAUCCAGGUUAUCCCUACCGAGAUCCGCUACUGGGUUAAGACCCGCACCUCGCUCGGCCAAACCGUCGAAGUCCUCAAGGGCGCCGUGACGGGCGAGACGGCGGCGCCGGGUCACUUGCGCGUCAUCGCGGGGUCGGAUCUCGAGUUGGCGAGGAAGGACGACGCCUGA